AUGGGUGUAGUUUCUAGAAAACAAAGCUCAUGUAUUAUGAACCUUCCAGAUGAGCAUUUAUAUAUGAUCUUUGAAAAACUUGACUCUAAUCUUGAUCGGGAAUCUUUCGGCCUAACUUGUCAUCGUUUUCUUAAUAUUCAUGAUUCAAGUUGUAAGGUUUUGGACCUACAACACUUAAGUUGGUUAAAGAACUCCAGUAGUGGCUACAUUGAAACCCAUUCGUGUAUGAUUCAUAGAUUGCUCAACCGUUUUAGGCAAUUAGAGUCAUUGUCCCUAACUUGGUGUGAGGAUGUCACUGAUUCCGGUUUAGUUCUAUUGCAAAAGUAUGGCCUUCAAUUGCGUUCUAUUGAUCUUAAUUCUUGUACUCGAAUCACCAAUGUAGGAUUUUCUUCUAUUGCCUCUGGCUGUCCAUCUUUGUCGGCUAUUAAUCUUUCUUCUAGUUCUAUUGGAGACAGUGGAUUAGAAAUCUUAACAAAAUCAUGUAACUCUUUGAAAAAGGUGAGUCUUGGUUGGUGUGAAAAGAUAACUGACUCUGGUAUUCAGUCUCUCAACCAGAAUUGUCGUCAACUUAGAGAACUCCGAAUAACAGGCUGUUCCAAAAUUAAUGGUAUAGGCUCUAAAGGGUGUUCUUCCACCUUGGCUUCUUUGGAAGCCAAUUGUUGUGUGUUUGCUACGGAUUUGACUGAAGUUUUGAGUGGAGGGGGGCUCGAAUAUCUAAAUAUUGCUUUUAAUGAUCACAUAAUGGGAUAUGGACUUGCGGCCAUCGGUUCAGGAGUUGCUGCAAAUCUUAAAACCCUUAACUUGUCGGGGUGUAGUUUUGUUUCGGAUUAUGUUAUCAUACGAAUCUCAAAAGGAUGUCCGUUUCUACAAGAAUGGAACUUGGCAUCUUGUAAAAAUAUUACGAUCUCUGGUUGGGAAUCGAUUGGAUUGUAUUGUCAAAGUUUGGAGAGAAUCCACGUAAACGGUUGUUUGAAGCUCUGUGGUAGAGGAUUACUAGCUCUCGGUAAUGGCUGUAAACACCUAUCUGUGAUAUACAUAAAUAACUGCCCGCUAAUCACUCCAUCUGUGAUCGAAUUCUUUAUGAUGCAAAGAGAAGAUGUUGAGAUGAAAGAACCGCCAACUUUUUUGUUGAGGUUUGUCCCGGGCGGUUGGACAUUUGAAACACUCAGCCAGUAG